UCACCCCAAGCUAGCUUUCCUAAGAUGCUUGGCGCUGGGGGCGCGGGGGAAGGCGCUGAUUCUUGGAGUCCUCAAAUACCUCCUGACUUUCCUUCUCUGGCUCUCGCUCGCCACUCACUUCGCCCCCCAGCCCCUUCAUGCCUGCCUCCCGUCAUCACACACACCACGUAACCAGAGAACCGCCUCCCCUCCAGACUCCCAGUGACUGUCUGAGACCCCAGUGACUGUCAACGAAAGAUGCCAGUCGCAGGCAGCCUAAGCCAGAUCCCUGGGAGUUGAGUUAAAAAAAAAAAAAAAAAAAAUCAGGUUGAAGGCAGCAAGGAAAAGAAUAUAGCAACCUCCAAUGCACAAAGAUCCUUAUCCACAUGCACGUAGGAUCCCGAACAAGGAAACAGCAGGGUAUCUUUUACUACUCGGAGGACGCGGAGCACCACAAACAGGAACUUUAAAGGGAUUGAAAUCUGUUGCCUGUUCCACUAGGAAUAUUGUUUGCAAGGCACAAGGUGUCUUUUGGUAGUGAGCACCCUCUGCGCAUGCGCAGGUCCAUUCGGGAAUUACUGCCCUGCCGCCGACUAAGUUGCAUUCCUUGAACCUUCGCAGAAAAGACAAUUCUUUAAUCAGAGUUAGUAAUGUGGACAGUACAAAAUCGAGAGAGUUUGGGGCUUCUCUCUUUCCCUGUGAUGAUUGCCAUGGUCUGUUGUGCACACAGCGCCAAUGAGCCCAGCAACAUGUCAUACGUGAAAGAGACAGUGGACAGAUUGCUCAAAGGAUAUGACAUUCGCUUGCGGCCGGACUUUGGAGGGCCCCCCGUGGACGUCGGGAUGAGGAUCGAUGUCGCCAGCAUAGACAUGGUCUCCGAGGUGAACAUGGAUUAUACACUCACUAUGUAUUUCCAGCAGUCUUGGAAAGACAAAAGGCUUUCUUAUUCUGGAAUCCCACUAAACCUCACGCUAGACAACAGAGUAGCUGACCAACUCUGGGUACCAGACACCUACUUUCUGAAUGACAAGAAAUCAUUUGUGCAUGGGGUUACAGUGAAGAAUCGAAUGAUCCGACUUCAUCCUGAUGGAACAGUUCUCUAUGGACUCCGGAUCACAACCACAGCUGCAUGUAUGAUGGACCUACGAAGAUAUCCUCUGGAUGAACAAAACUGCACCCUGGAGAUUGAAAGUUAUGGCUAUACCACUGAUGACAUUGAGUUUUACUGGAAUGGAGGAGAGGGAGCCGUAACGGGAGUUAAUAAAAUUGAGCUUCCUCAGUUUUCGAUUGUUGACUACAAGAUGGUGUCCAAGAAGGUGGAGUUCACAACAGGAGCAUAUCCAAGACUGUCACUAAGUUUUCGUCUAAAGAGAAACAUUGGUUACUUCAUUUUGCAAACCUACAUGCCCUCCACGCUGAUUACGAUUCUAUCCUGGGUGUCUUUUUGGAUCAAUUAUGAUGCAUCUGCAGCCAGAGUUGCACUAGGAAUCACCACGGUGCUGACAAUGACGACCAUCAGCACUCAUCUCAGGGAGACCCUGCCAAAGAUCCCUUAUGUCAAGGCGAUUGAUAUUUACCUGAUGGGCUGCUUUGUGUUUGUGUUCCUGGCUCUGCUGGAAUAUGCCUUUGUAAAUUACAUCUUCUUUGGGAAAGGCCCUCAGAAAAAGGGAGCUGGCAAACAAGACCAAAGCGCAAAUGAGAAGAAUAAACUGGAGAUGAAUAAAGUCCAGGUCGACGCCCACGGCAACAUUCUCCUCAGCACCCUGGAAAUCAGGAACGAGACCAGCGGCUCGGAAGUACUCACUGGCGUGAGCGACCCCAAGGCCACCAUGUACUCGUACGACAGCGCCAGCAUCCAGUACCGCAAGCCCAUGAGCAGCCGCGAGGCAUACGGGCGGGCGCUGGACCGGCACGGCGCGCACAGCAAGGGGCGCAUCCGCAGACGCGCGUCGCAGCUCAAAGUCAAAAUCCCCGACUUGACUGAUGUCAAUUCCAUAGACAAGUGGUCCCGAAUGUUCUUCCCCAUCACCUUUUCUCUUUUUAACGUCGUUUAUUGGCUUUACUAUGUACACUAAGGUCUGUCCCAGUGGUUCAUAAAUGACUACUUUCCUCUUCUCUUGGUUUUUAACCCCACAGGUCCCCCAGCAGCGAUACUGCUGUGCUUUUUGAGGUAAGAGAUUCAGCCAUCCAAUUGGUUUUAGGUCUUACAUAUCAAUUUUAUUACUGCACCAUGUUUACUUCAAAAAAACAGAGAAAAAAACAAACAAAAAAAAACCUCUAUUUUUUUCCAGUCUACUGUGGUCCAGGUUAUCGGCUCUUUCAGAGCUCUGUUAAUUGCCAUGUUUACAAACACACACACACACACACACCACACACACACAACACACACACACACACAUACACAAAGAAAGAAAUUAGAUAGGUAGCUCUUUAGCAGUUCUAGUUGCCCUGGAUUUUAUUGAUUAUUUUUUAAAGGAAAAUGAAAAGAGGACUUAGCUCUCUGUGCACAUUGCUUCCUGGUAAACUGUAACAAUCUCAUGCUGCCAAAAAAACAACACAAUUUCCAGGAUCUCAGAAGAAAAAAACAAAGCCAUUGAUAAGUUACAGAUUUCCAGGAAGAAGGGAAAACAAAAAGGAGCCCAGAAAAGGGAGGAAGACGCCCCCUCCACCCUCAAGUUGCCCUAGGUCCACUGGAGAAGGGGUCCCAGCUCCGUGGAGGAAGAGGGAGAGACUGGAAGCACUGAUCCAGGUUAGGCCAAACCAAUCUGCCAUCUUCACCUCACCAUUAAGCUAGAUAUUCUUUUAAAAAAUACAUCUUUCUCAGACCUCCAGGUAGAUUUAAAAUCAACAUUAGAAUCCAACUUGGUAGCCAUUGGGGCCAUUUUUCUUUUCCUGUUAAGAAUAAGGGGGGAUGGGGGGGGACAGUGACCCUUUUUUAAACUCUUUCAAAUGAGCAGCCCUGAACUUAUUUCCUUAGCCUGGAAUCACUUGAUGCGGUGCCAUGAAGCCAUGGCAUCACAUUUCUCCAGCUUCUCCUUCAGAGAAAUUGAGAGAAAGGGGGCUAGGGCGGGUAGGCUUUAAAGAAGGGGUUGGUAAGACAUUUUUGCUUGAGAAAAAUAUUGCCCUUUCCGUAAGGAAGGCAAGAUUUAUGUGCUGUGAAAAGGGUGCCUGGGCAGUUACCUGAACUGCCAAAUAUUUAAUCAAUAGUAUAUAUUUCUUAGCCUUCCAGAGAGCAGGAUCAAACAGGACAAGCUGGUUGCAUGGUGCUAGUUCCUCAGCUAGCGCUUUACGCAGCUGCUCUCUGAGCUCUGCAUUCCAAAACAUGCAAUGAAUGCUUCAGGAAUUGCACAUAUACCCAUUUGGUACCAUUCUCCUUCAAGGCCAAAUUUCUACUUUAAAGAAAAUCUUCAAAAAUAGCAAAACCACAGAUAAUGACAACAACAACAUCAACAUCACUGAGCCUUCAAAUAUUACAACAGCCCCUCAAGUACAGACCUUGUCUACAGUCAUGACUGCUUCUGCCUUAUCUCUGCUCAUGAAUUACUUUGCUCAUCACAGAAGGAGCAUCCCUCCGUAGCUCAACACACAAUUCUAAACAUAUCCAACCCACUACAGUUGAGAUUCAUCUACUUCAUGUCAUGAAAGCCUUAUUAUUUGUGUGUGUUCAGCCUGAGAAUAUAAGAAUUCUAUAUGUUCAUUUGCAAGACUGACGGAAAUCCAUGUUGACCAACCAUUUACAAAGGCGAUUUGGGACCUGAUCUAUGGAUGUGAUAAAAGAGGUGAGGAAAUAAUAGGGAUGAUUACCUUGUUUGAUAAUCUGGCUUUCUCCCUAAGGCUGUGAUGUGGGUCCAUGUUUACAACAGCCUCAGCUGCUAGAGAUUAGAAUCUUAAUUGAAAAGAGGAGGCUGAAUUCUGCUGAGAAACCCAAGGAGAGGGAGGGUUGAGGUGUUCUUUUAGAAAGGGAGAGGAAAAGAGAAUCCCAAAAUAAAUAAAUGGAUAUGCUAUAGAUAUUAUAUGUUUUAUGAAAUGCUAAAUCAGAAACAAAGUAUCUGUUAAUCUAUGUUUCAUAACAAAACAGUUCUCUUUAUUUACCUGUUUAGAUCAUUCUUCUUGGAAAAGAUCGAGUAAUUUAUAGGGAGUUUCUGUUGUGGUUCAGUGGGUUAAGGAUCCUGGUGUUGCCAUGAGCUGUGGUGUGGGUCGCAGAUGCAGCUUGGAUGGGGUGUGGCUGUGGCUGUGGCUUAGGCUGGCAGCUGCAUCUCUGAUUUGACCCCUAUAUGCCACAGAUGUGGCCAUAAAAACGGGGGGGGGGGAGAUUGAGUUAUUUAUAGUUUUAUCAUGAUUAUCUUGCCUUAAAAGUCUAAAGAAUGUGAUGCUUGUAAUUUUAGAUGUAAAGCAUCUCUAAGAAAAAAAGAACAUUUUGAAUUCUUAUAUCUUAGCCUUUGUAAAAUGUAAAACUAGUACCUGAAUCUACCAUCAGGCACAAAGUGGUGUCACUGCAUGCCCUUUUGGAUGUAGAAAGUCACAGCUAGCAUUACACAAAUCCUGUUAGGUAGCUCUGAUUUUAGAGGCAACAGCAGUCAGGAAAAUGGAAAAGCUGCCAUAUUUCCAGUUAAUGACCUCCGUCCCCACUUCCUUCUUCUGGACACCUUCUAGCCAAAUCCUCCCCUCCUUGGCCCCCACCCACUCUCUUUCCAGGCUGAAGAGUACACAGAUCAAAACCCUUCCUUCUCUGCCUCUCUACCCUGUGUUGCCCAAAUUGAUGUACAUAAAACAUAAAUGUUGUUAGACAUUCUUAAGUGCCCUCCAACUGGUCCCCAUUCCUGAAAAAUUCACAGCAUUCCAUUAGAGAGGAGUUACUUUUUAACCAUUAUUGGGUUGUUUUCUUUUAGCGAUGAAAAUAGCCAUAAUCUCCUGCAUUACCGAAGUGGCAGCAGAGGCUAAAACUUGCUCAGACACACUCUCUUAUGCCACAGUCAUGUCCAGGGGACCCCAUGUUCACAGUUCAUAAUCUGUGAUGUAAAUUGUGUCUCAGACUUACCCUGUGUAGACCCAGCAGAAAUCCCAUCAUUCAUCAGACAAUAACUACACAUGCAUUCCUACCAGUCAUGUUUCUUGACUUAAAAUAUCAGGGGUAACACGUGCAUUCCACUUACCAGCUUUGUGAGGCAAAACCCAGGUGAAAGACACAUCUUUGGUUUGAAUUAUCCAGGAUUGUUGCCUCAAUCCUCUCCAUUGCCAAAUAGAAACAGCAGACUGGUUGUGAAUUCUGCUGACUAAAUGAUAGGUGUUUUCAUAUAUAUCAUUUUUAUCGUGCAUUACAAUCAAUGAAGGAUCUUGAAGAUGCAAAGAGAAAAUGUGGUGCAGAGAAUAAAGUUUGGUUUACAGAUCCAAGGACAGGCAUUCCUUAAACAAGCAUUAUGUACAAUACACAGAACUGUGGACUAAAUUCCAUCUUUGUAAAACCGAUGACUACUUUAUAUUCACUUCAGAAGGAGCUCCAUCACAAUUUGCCAAGUGAAACAAACAAACAAAAAGAUCUAUUUAUAAUGUUAGAAGGAAAAGACCUCCAAGAUUUCUAAUACGGACAAUUUUGAAUAGUAUUUUACAAAGGAUGAUGUGCCACAGUUUUGUUCUGUUUUGUUUUUCCUAAACAAAGUGUAAUCAUAUAUUUAUCCCCAGAGGGAGGGUAAAGGAAUGUGUGAGGCUUUGUUCAUGUGGGUUCAAUCAGCAGUUACUGGGAUGAGGAAGACAGAAAAACAAUCAAAAAUAUCUGUUGCUUAAAAGUCAACACAGAGGUCAAGUUGUUAAUGGAAUGUAGAAUAUUAUGUAAACUUCUUUGUAAAUUCUGUACAUAGUUCAUUGAAUCGUUCCCUGUUGUGUGGUGGUCUCAGCUUUGGGUGGAUGUUUGAAAAAUCUGAGCAUUGUAAAUAA